AUGUCUGAUAUAAAACUCCACUAUUUCAACUAUUAUGCAAGGGGUGAAAUGAUUCGUAUGAUUCUUCAUUAUCAUGGCGACCAAUUCACAGAUCAUCGAGUCACAGUUGAAGAACUCCCAGCCCUACGGACUUCUGGACUAGCAGAAUUCGGGCAACUUCCAGUUCUUGAAAUAGAUGGAUUAGUUUUAGUACAAAGCCGUUCAAUCGCCAGAUAUUUAUGCCAAAAGUUUGGAUAUUACCCAACCUCUUUGGAGAAUUGUUAUUGGAGCGAGUCUCUCCUUGAUUUCAGAGAAGAUAUUUUAAAUGAAUAUCUUAAGGCAAAAUCGUCAGGAAAUUCUGAACAAGUUGAAAAACUUUUUGAAGAAAAAGUCCCAGACUGGCUAAGAAAAGCAGAAACAAGACUAGAAAGAAAUAAUGGGGGCAAUGGCUGGUUUGUAGCAGAUAGCAUCAGUUUGGCUGAUUUCGCAGUUUUCCAGACAGUUUGGGAUUACAUGCUAUGCGAAGCUAAAGUGAACAGAAGAGGGCCGCUUGUUGCUAGUUGUGCUCCAAAGCUCAGGCUUUGGGCUGACAGACUUUUGGAAUCUUCUGCUAGUCUUAGGCACUACUUAGAAACAAGACAAGUCUUAGAUUUCUAA